UCAACCUCAUACAAUCUCAAAAAGCAAAUACAUAACAGUUUCAUAUAUAUUCUGCAACUCUUCUUCAUCAUUAGUUCUCAUUGAUUCAGCUAUGGCCUCCAGCAAAUCACUGAUCACAGUUUUUGUUCUUGCUCUGGCCUUCUCAAGCAUGAGCAUGAGCCUAGCAGCACGCCAUCUUUUGCAGAAUACUGCACCAAAUUUUCCAACAAUUCCCUCUUUGCCUAAACCAGCAGCAUUGCCUCCUUUGCCUUCACUUCCAACACUACCUCAGACCACUGUUCCACCUUUGCCUUCACUUCCAACAACACUGCCAUCUCUGACUAACACUCUGCCUCCACUUCCACAGCUCAACCUUCCUCCAAUGAAUUCAUUGCCCUCAAUUCCCACCUUCACAAUUCCAACCACCAUGCCCUCCAUCCCCUUCCUCUCCCCACCACCUUCCACCUCCUCUCCUUGAAAUUAUUGCUGCUUUCAUUUCUUCAUCCUCGGCUACGUUGCAUGCGUGCAUGGUUUCAUUCCUUUCGUUUAUGUCACACCUCGUAUGUGCUGUAUUUGUUGUUUGGUGUCAAUCACAGUUAUUGUCUUUUCAAUUUAUGAAUUUCUUGUAAUUCUUCCUUAUGUUGUAGAUUGUUACUGAUUACACAGUUAUACAAUUAUCAUGUCUUUUCACUUUUAAAA